AUGUCUUUGUCGUCAUCAACAUUGACGUUUUAUAAUUCUAAAGCACCAAAAUUUUUACCCUCUCCAUCAAAUUCACGAAAAGACACGUCAUACUUAUUAUCAUUGUCAUCAUCAACAAUACUAUCUCCGUCUCCAUCAACGUCAUCAUCAUCAUCAUCAUCAUCAUCACCAUCAUCAUCAACACCAACAACAACAAUUGCGGAAAUAAACCCAGGAGCGGAAACAACAUUAUCUCCAUCACUGUCAUCAAAGUUAUCAUCUUAUUCCCUUCAUUCGUUGCCUUCGGUAACUUAUUUACGAGUGAAAUUAAAAACAACAGAAACAACAGUAUCGUCUUCUUCUCCGUCUUCAACGUUUACUUCGGUUGAUUCACAGUUGCCACCGUACAGGUUUUCAGCGCCUUUACUAACGGCCAGAACAUUUUCAAGUCAAAAAUUGACAUCCAAUUCUAUUAUUAGUAGUUAUUUAUCCACUUAUGUUUCAUUCUUUCCUACGACCACGACGAGGGCACAGACGUCGAUUACAUCAGCUCCUUCGCUUGUCUCUCCAAGUGCACAUUCCCUGUUCAAUAAUUCCUCGUUGAUCUCAAAAAUAUCUUUGGCAGCAGAAUCAUAUUCCUCUUUGCAAGACAAGGCCAGUUAUGUUUCUUUUAGUAGAACUGGUAGAAUUGAGUUGAAACCUUCCAGUGUAGUUCCGACGUUCCAAUUCUCUUCGUUAAAGCUAAGCACCUUAAAGCCUCUGUUCACUGAAACAUUUGUUGUUAAAUUUAAAGGUAAUUGCAGCGUGAUUGUUGACAAGAAUUCCUUCAAACUCAGCUUUGUAGCGACACUGGCCAGUAUACUGCGGAUACCGAGAGAUGACGUCAUAGUUGAUGACGUCAUCUGUGGUUCAGUGAGUGUUGUUUUCACUGUCAAAGCUGCGCGUGAAAGAAACUUAACCAAUGAACUUUUGGGAAUAAUCAAGAACGAGUCAUUGGUAGUGAAAUAUAAUGAUACGGUGUUUAUAGCUUUCGACUUGAAGAUUAUCUCAAAUCCAACUGUUCCAACGAAGUUUUCAAGGCCUACAGAGAUUUCCAACCACGAUAGAAAAAAGUUGUUGUUUAUCAUAUUUAUCUUUAUUUGCGCUGUAUUUGCGGCGUUAUUUGUAUUCUUGUCUGUGGUAUUUUGUAGUAGGUUUUGCGCAUGCUGUCAGAGAACUGGAAAAUUCCGCAUGCAGAAGAGAGUGCGUUUACGGGCGCAAGAUUUUGAACUUAAGCGUUUCGCGGAACGCAGAAGCCGGCUCUCCGGAGCAAAUUAUUAUGGCGAAGAGGCUCAUAAACGGGUAAACAGAAGGAAAAAAGAAUCAGAAGUUGAAAUUGAAGAAGAGGAUAUCAAUGAUUAUUAUGAAGACGAGUUUGUUGCGGGACUUCAAGCUGAUACCAACGAUACAUUGUUAAACUCUACUAAUCAUACGGCGAAUUCUAACCAACAGGAGGAGCAGAAGUUCGUCUUUGAUGACGAAGACUCUUCUUCAAGUGUAUUGUUUUAUUAA